CGUCGCCAGUCAACGCGCAAAGUUAAACGCAUAUAGUACGCGGUAAUACAUAUUCAAACAGAAAUAUGUUAAGCAAAAACAUGUUCAACAAAACCGGAUUUGUGCGGAGAUUUCAAAAACAUUACGGAUUAAGGUUAGCUCGCCAAAUACUUACAGAUAAUGGGAGUUACUAUUACAACCCGGGAAUCGAACCCCUUACUAUAGCGACGUUGGGCGACGUGAUAGCUGAAACAGCUCAUAAAUACCCUGGGAGAGUCGCCAUACGGUCUGUUCAUGAAGACCUUACUAUCACCUACGAGGAACUUUUAAAUAAGGCUGACUCUUUAGGAUGUGCGCUAAGAGCGCAAGGUUUCCAAAAAGGUGAUCGUCUCGGUCUGUGGACUCAUAACUGCAUCGGUUGGGUUGUUGGCUGCCUCGGCGCUGCGAGAGCUGGCCUUAUAUCGGUUCUAGUCAAUCCAGUAUAUGAAAAAGCAGAGCUAAGGUUCUGUAUCAAUAAGACAAAGUUGAAAGGUCUAAUGAUAGGGGAUACUCUCAAAAACAGAGAUUACUAUGGUCUGUUGAGAACGCUUGUACCAGAGUUGCAGACAUCGAAAGAAGGAUUGCUAAAUUCUAAAGAAUUUCCAAGUCUUACCUCGGUUAUUAACAGUGGGAAGCAAACAUUUAGUGGCGUCUCUACACUUGACUCUUUGGUCAAUAAUCAUAAAAACAACGCUGAUAUAACGAAGUAUGGAAAAGAAGUGACGCCAAAGGAUGGGUCUCUCAUACUUUUGACUUCUGGUACAACCGGUGAUCCAAAAGCAGGGCUAGACUCGCACACAGGUGUUGUUAACAAUGUCUACUUUUCUGGAAUUCGUAACAGUUUUCACGAAGGGCACCCCAUUGUAUGUGUACAGGCGCCACUGUUCCACGCACUAGGAGCGAUAGUGACCCUGUUGUCGUGCUUGAGACACGGCGCCACCGUCGUGCUACCAGCACCUACGUACAACGUCGCAGCGAAUGUUGAUGCAAUAUGUGCGGAAAAGUGCUCAAUAACAACGGGCACGCCGACGAUGUACCUCGACAUGUUGGAGCAUGUCCAGCACGCUGGCGAGCUGCCGAUCAAGCUGCGCGUGGCGCUGGCCGCCGGUGCGCCCUGCAGCCCGCAGCUUAUCCGACGCAUCAAUAAGCAGCUCGGAGUCCAGUCAGUCAGGGCUCUGUACGGAUUGUCAGAAACCACCGCUUGUGUGUUUCAAUCACUGCCACGAGACAGCGUGGAGGUGGUCGCCGAGACUGUUGGCUACACGGCGGACCACUGCGAAGUUAAGGUAGUCGAUGGAAAAGGUAACAAUGUGCCAUACGGAACAGCGGGAGAACUGAUGGUUAGAGGAUAUCUGAACAUGAUUGGCUACUGGGACGAUCCGGCGAAGACCAAGCAGACUAUUAGGGAAGACGGAUGGCUGCACACUGGUGACAAAUUUACUUUAUCUGAAGAUGGGUAUGGAAAAAUAGUGGGUCGACUUAAAGACAUCAUAAUCAGAGGAGGAGAGAACAUCGCACCCAAAGAAAUUGAAGAUCUCUUAAACACGCACCCGGAUGUAGUUGAUAGUCAGGUAAUUGGUGUAACUGAUGAGAGGUUAGGGGAAGAGCUCUGUGCUGUGGUGAGAGUGCGCCAAGGAGCCACUUUCACACCCCAAGACUUAACAAACCAUUGCAAAGGAAAGUUGGCUCGGUACAAAAUCCCAAGGAUCCUGAAAAUCAUGGAAGAGUUCCCCAAAACUGUGUCCGGUAAAAUACAGAAAUUUAAAAUAAAGGAAUUAAUUGAUUCCGGUAAACUAUAAAGUAAGAUUAGUUAAAUUUGUAAUAAGUAUACAAAAUUUGAAAUUAUAGCUUUGCAAUUUCGUUCGUAACACUCCCGAUGGCCCGCGCGGGCCGGGUGGCGUGUAGCGAUGAAUGAAAAACCCACGGCUGAUGCACCUCUAUCAAUUGACGGUACAUUAGUUUUAAAGUUGUUUUCUAGAUUGUUAUUAUUCUUUUUGGUGCACAAUAAAGUAUAUUACAUUCAUUCACCUCACAUCCCCGCACGCAGUCUUUCCCCCCGUCGCCCGCAUAUCAUGGGAGUGUCACCAACGAACUUGCUAGACUAUAAUUAGAUAAUUAAAAUAAUAUGCUGUUGAAUGAUUCUGAAUUGAAUAAGUUGCAUUACAUUGAAUAAUGAAUAUGCAGUUACAAUUGUCAUUUCAAAAUAAAUAGUUUUAUGUAUAAAGUAAAUACAAUUUUUGUAAUAAUAAUGAUAUUUUGUUUUUAAAUAUUUUUUUAAACCAACACUUUUUUUAUUUGUUUAAAAUUCCUGUUUUAUUUGUGAUUUUCUAAAAGGCAUUUAAUUAUGUAAAGAAAAUUAUUACCUAACUGUAAAAAUGUACUUU